AAAUACAGGAUGUUUUCGAAAACUAUGUAAUCCUUUGGAGGGGAGAUCUUUAUGAUUUAGAAUAAAAUAAAUUAGGUAGGUACAAUAUUUUUGAGUCAAAAUUAUUACUUUAUGUUUGUCCUUACUUUUUUUGUAUGACAUUAACAGAAAUUACAAAAAAGAGUAUUUUAGAAGACAUGUCAAAGUAACUUCUAAACAAUUAGGUAUAUGGUACAAAUAUAUAAAUCAAAUAAAAACGAACAAAAAUGUCUCAAAUUGAACAGUUUAAUUACUUUUAGUACCUAAGUUUUUUAAUACAAAAAAGUUUGUGGGUAAAUUCCUAAUAUUACUCUGUAGAUAAAUUUAAUGCCGUAAUAUUUUGUAUUAUUUAUGCCCAUUUCUAUUAUCCUAAAAAAACAUAAAUUUUUAAAACUUUGUUUAGUUUCAACUUCGGUUAGGACUCUUGGUAGGCACCUUUAAGGUGAUAAAUGGUGUUUAAUUAUAUGGAAUUUUAUCAUCUUUCGAGGGAAAUCACAUAGUUACCAGAAACAAUGUGUACAAAAUUAUUUUAUUUGGUCAAAAAGCAUUACUUUACUCAUUAUGAUAUCAUUCAUAUUUACGUUUCAGAUAUCCUGAUGCUGCAAUACAUGUGCCGUACAAUUCAAUUAGAAGUGCCAUGCUUAGGUGGAGGAGAACAAACACUCCUAAUAUUCCCCAAAAUUUGGAAACGUUUGCUGAAAUAUGCGCAUCCGGGGAGUUUCCUAGAUUUUCUACUUGCUGCGAGGGGCCUUUUUAUGCAGGGAUUGUCUCUGUUAAUAACAGCCAUGCGAUUAUCUUUGGAAACCCUCAAUUUGUGGGAGAGUUCGCAGGAUCACGCCAUUCAUUUAUGGAUGGCACCUUUAGGGCUGUCCCGAGGAUGCCGCAUUUUGCACAAAUACUUACUAUAUUUGCAUCGGCAAUGGAACACGCUUUUCCGGUAAUCCAUGUUUUCAUGGAAAGUCGGAUGAAAUCAUUGUACGAUGCAGUAUUUGCGUACAUACAGCAACAUUUUCCAAAUUUUUUAAAUGGAAAUAUUGUUACAGACUACGAGGUUACACUGGUUGAGUCUUUGAGAAAUACCUACCCUAAUACAAUGUUACAUGGUUGUUUUUUCCAUUAUUGCCAGGCGGUCCUACGAAAGGCUAAGCAAUUAGGAAUUUGUAGGGCUAUUGAGGCAAAUCCCAAUGGAAGAAUUCUUUUAAAGAAGGUCUAUUCAUUGGCUCUGCUUCCUCCUGGCAUGAUAAUUAAUACACUCGAAACAUUGCAGGGAUAUAGAACUAGGUGCGAUAUUCAGGCCACUUUUUGAAUAUCUGAGGAGGCAGUGGAUAAAUAGGGUUACCCCAGAACACUUCAGUGUAUUUAAAUGUACACACCGGACUAAUAACGUUAUGGAGUCAUAUCAUCGACGACUUAACAGCAAACUUGUCCAGCAUCCAGGUGUAUGGGAUCUUAUGGAAACACUUAUAGAUAUUCAAAAUAUCGCAGUUCUAGAGUUUAAGCAGCUAGAACAACAAAGAAGGGUAUUUCGAGUAUGCACCAAAAACAGGGUCUUUGACUUGAGACUGAAUCAAGCCUGGGACAAACUCUCGGACGGUAGAUUUACUGUCGAGGAUUUUCUGCGUCAGUCGGUACAUUUUGUUGAAGGUCUCGACCAGCAACUUCAUGCGUGGAACGAUAAUUUGCCAGAUGAAGGUGAAGAGAGGGACCUCAUUAAUUUGGCAAAUUUUCCGGUGCAGCCUCAACCAGUGCCAUUGCCACUUGCCCUUGCUGCUGUCCCUGCCCCUGCAGGUGCUCUUGCCCCGGCACCUGCCCUAAACGAACCACCCCCCCUUGUAUAUUUCCCACCACCCUGCGAAAAUCCAGCUCCUGCCACUGCUCUUGCUCCAGCUUCAGCUCCUGCCCCUGCUCUUGCUCCAGCUCCUGCUUCUAAUGAACCUCCACCACUUUAUUAUUUUCAUCCCCCUGUAAAUUAUUCUGUGGCAGUUGUUCAGGAGCCUGUUUUUGAACCCCCUACCCCUCCUCCUCCUACCCACUCUACCGUACCAAAUAACUCACCGUCUCCAAUUCCAUCUUGUUCGAACUUAACACCUAAUUCUCCUUUAAUGACGUUUAGCUCUUCGUACCUACCCCCUCAUUUACCUUCUAACUCUUUUUCUCCAAUUCCAUCUUCGUCUUACUUACCCCCCAACUCUUUUCCUUUACCUUCUACCUCAUUUUUCCGACCUCAUUAUUCACCUGAUAACUCUUCUUCCUCUAUUUUAUCCUCUCCUGGUAAUUCUCCUAACUCACGUCCAAGUUCGCCCCACUUACCUGAACCAGAAAUGGUUGAAUUUCCUGAUACCCCGAUUCAUUCCCCUUCCCCAACCAAUCCUCCUUCCCCUCUACCAAAUAUCCCACUUCCCCCGACACCCGAUUAUUUGAUCGAAUCGGAGGAUGAGGAUAAUGUAUACGAAAAUCCUAUUCCCAGAGUAGCUUGGACCCCAUCAGUGCAAGACACACCUUAUGAUGGUACAUUGCACUUAUCCAUGAGGUGUAACGUGUGCUACAUAAACAGAAAGCAGGUUACAUUUGAAUGUGGUCACAUGGUUUGUGUUUCGUGUGCAGAAAGAAUACUGGACCUGGUUAAUCCAUUAUGUGCUUUUUGCCGCAAAUCAAUAAACAAUGCGCCAACACAAUUAUAUUUUUAGUUUAAUCUGGUUAAAGUUGCCCCUCAUUUUAGCCCAUGGCACACGACAUUGUUUUUUACUUAACGUGGAACUUCUAUCCCUCUGGUUAAAG